CGUGCCUUCUUAAUCAAUCUCUCGUUCGGACUAAAAGGACGUGUUCUUUACGGUCAGCCGAGUCAAGUGGUGGUUCUCGCUACGGCACGUUUCGCGUUUCCGCCGUGCUUGCUAAGGAUACAUUAUUUUGCGAUUCCCGUGCAAAAAGGAAUCAAAGUGUGCUCUGACGGUAAAUCCGUCUUCCGGUUUUUCAAAGUUCAAAGAAUCAGCAGUAGUGUGCAUUUGCAGUUGGUUGAUACAAAUCAAAAGCGAGAGAGAGAGAGAAAAAAAGCAUUUAAACAAAGUAGUGUGUGCUAUCGUGGUAGCAAUAUAUCAAGCGAAGCAAAAAAAAAAACAAACUAAAAACCAACCCCAUCAACACCAGUAUAUCGAUCCGACAUCAACAGCGUAGAAAAGUAUAUCCUAACUAGUAUCUUCUCUGUAUUGCCCCCAACCCACCCUCCACUGUUUCUAUUUCACCAAAUACGUUCGGCGUGUUCCGUAUUUCGGGGUGUAGUACCACUAGUUAGUACUAAAAAAAACCUACCAAAACAGUUGCGCUUCAAAUCCGUAGAAAAAAGAGAGUGGGCCUGUGUGUGAGCGCGCGCGCGUGAGUGAGUGUGGGUGUGCAAUAUAUAUAUCUAUCUAUCCGUGAAGUGGAUAUCUGGCACCAGGAGCACCAGAAGAAGGAAGCCUGAGAGCUUGACUAGUGGAGCCAGAGAAGCGCACCGGAAGAAGCACCACCGCCGUGUACCUACUACCAACAGGCCGAAGCCGUCAACAUCACCGGCAAAGCAGCAGUGUAGCAAAGAGUAGCGAAAGAGAAGGUCUCCCUGCACAGACGCGAUAAACAGUUGGAAAAUGCUGUUUGAAAGUCCUACCAUGAACAAAAUGUAUCCUCCCUACACCGUGCCUCCACCGAUACAGGGGGCGACCGCGGUUCCCGUUCAGAACAUAAGAUUACAUGGAACCACUUAUGGCGCUGGUACACUUGACCCGAGUGGACUGCUGGAUACGCAUGAGCUGCACACUACCCUGGUGCCAAUCAAACCGACCCUACUCGCCACACAAACUGCCGCCGUUGUCGCUAGCCAACAGCAACAGAUCAAAAGUCGCGAGCAGACGUCACUGUCACCGGUACAGCAACAACAACCUUCGAUUCCGCAGCAACAGCAACCACCGCAGCAACAGAUCCAGCAGCAGCAACAACAAGCGCAGCAACAGCAGGUGGUGGUACAGCAGCAGGUGGUGCAACAGCAAGUUCAGCAGCAGCAGCAGCAACAGCAACAGUUGCAACAACAGCAACAACAACAACAGCAACAGGCGAAUGCAGGCAACACGAACGGUUGCCUCAAGGGAGCCAACUCUAGCAAUGGUAGCUCAUCCGGACGCUCGACACCGAACAAUGGUAACGAUCCGGCACCGGGCAAGCUGUUUGUCGGCGGGCUGAGCUGGCAAACAUCCUCCGAGAAGUUGAGCGAGUACUUCGGCAUGUUUGGCACCGUAACCGACGUUCUGAUCAUGAAGGAUCCCGUCACGCAGCGAAGCCGAGGCUUUGGAUUCAUCACAUUCCAGGAACCGAACAGCGUGGACAAGGUGCUGCAGGUGCCGAUCCACACGCUGGACGGUAAGAAGAUUGACCCGAAGCACGCCACUCCGAAGAAUCGACCGAAGACGCAGUCGAACAAGACGAAGAAAAUCUUUGUCGGUGGCGUUAGCCAGGACACGUCGGCCGAAGAGGUGAAGGCCUACUUCAGCCAGUUUGGCAAAGUCGAGGAGACUGUGAUGCUGAUGGACCAGCAGACGAAGCGUCACCGUGGUUUUGGCUUUGUGACGUUCGAGAACGAGGACGUUGUCGAUCGGGUGUGUGAGAUCCACUUCCACACGAUCAAGAACAAGAAGGUCGAAUGCAAGAAAGCACAGCCGAAGGAAGCUGUCGCACCGACGGCACAGCAGCUGCUUCAGAAGCGCAUCAUCCUCGGUAAUCUCGGCGUGCCGAUGGCCGCUGCGGCGCCAUCUUCAGCAGCAGCUGCUCGUCUCGUUGGAGCAGCUCAUGCCGGGGGCAAUGGCUCUCUAGUGAACCCACUGGCUGCCACCAACCCAGCACUAAUGGUGCAGGCACAGGCACAGGCCGCUCAGGCUGCUGCCGCUGCUGCAAUGCAAGUACAAAACGGUUUCGGUAAAGUCUUUGCAACAUAUCCACCGACGCUGCACAGCUUUAGAUACUCGCCAUAUCCUAUGCCAUCGGCUGCAGCAGCAGCCGCGAAUGCAGCGGCCGCCGCGAACCCAAUGUCAGCCGUCAACCAGGUCGCCGCCGCCGCUCAGGCACAGCAACAACAGCAGGUACCGCACCCGAACUCCGUCGCGGGUGCAACAGUCGGCACACAGGCAGCGCAGCAGCAGCCGACGAAUCAGCAGCAAGCGGCCGCCGCCGCUCAGAUGGCAGCCGCUGGACUGACCAACCCGUAUCAGGGCUAUAGCCUGGCCAACGUCGACAUGUCGAGCUUCCAGGGCGUCGAUUGGGGAUCGCUGUACGGUAUGGGAAUAAACGCUUUCAGAAACUACUAGUGUAGCAAUACAGAUACGAAUAUCGAGUGGAGGAAGGAUGAAAGGAGAGAAGCAUAAGUGGCGCGAUAAAACAAAAGACAAACGAAACAAAUUCACAUAUUCAGUAGUAAGUCGCAGGAAGCCAACGAUGUUUUCAAUGCUCGGAACAAAGUGAGAACAAAAUACUAAAAUAUCGAAUAUCACGAAUGUGUGUGAAUGCGAGGAAGCGUGCUUGCGUUAAGCGUGUUAGUGUGCGUGUUUGCGUCUCACAAGCCACUAUCCGUAACCGCUAAUGGUUUAUCUAUAGAUUGUAACGAACAAAACAAGGAGGUCAAGCGCAAAUGCAAGCAGCAGCAGCAGCAGCAGGAACAGUCGCAACCAAAAUAUGCUUUGUUUCUCCUGUGUGCGCGCGUUUGUGGCGUGUAGUGGUGAAACACGACUCCUAGUGCUAUCGCUCAUUAUUAUUACUAUCACUAUUAUCGUUAAGGGAGCGAUCUACAACGCUGUUUUAGAACCAUAGAGGCUCGCAAAGGAUUACUGAAGUGAGAAACCUGAACCGAUUGCACUUUAUCAACGUGCAUCAUAAUGCAUGAUCAAGACCUUAAGGAAAGCAGCAUAUAUUGAUACUGAUUGCAGAUCCUUUUGCUGCGACACAUCACUAUGCUCGCAAUGCUCGCGAUGUGUGUGGUGUAGCGUACAGCGUGUAGUAGCUGCAGAGCAUAUUUAAGCGAUGGACGAGACGUGCGUGCGACCGCAUGUUUGUAUAUGUAUGAAUUUGUGUGGGGUUGUGUAAAUCAGACUAACUCGAGAGUGUGUCGCCUACUUAAAGCAUACUCAAAGCCACAAGAGAGAAGUUUGAAAAUGGUAAAGUUUCAAGCUAAGUAAGGAAAUGAAAAAUUGCGUCAAAGAAAAGAAAAAAAAAUCGGAAAGGAAAGGAUUCCGGAAAAUCGGAAAGGAAGUCUUUAAACCGAUUAAACAUGGCCCCGGAAAGCGCAGAUAUACGAAAACUAUCAAAACCGUGGAUCGAUUGGACCGUUUGCCUCUUCUGUAAUGCGUGACAGUUGGUAGUUCAACGUGUGUUAACCUUUUUAUUUCACGUAGCAGAGCAAGAAAAUGGCUUGUAGAAUUUAAUGUUGAUCUCUUUUAGUGUUUCGCAUUAUCUGCUCAUGCCCUCCGAUGACUGUGUACAUGUGUUAACAACUCACCCAACCCCUGGAUACGUUAACCCAAUCCAAGCUAAGCCCCAUAAUUGUGUUAACUCCUUACUGUACGUUCUAUACUGUAUUACCAUUAGAGUAUUCUAAUAUUCACAAACCCACACUCAGACAUACAAACACGGGCAUCAAGCUUAAUUCUCUCAUAUCUAUAUCUUUCUAAUUUUAGAAAUAGAGCAGCUCUCGUAUGGCUCUAAUUAAUCAACACACUUUCAGCAGUUUUUAAACGAUUCUAGUUAUUCCGAUUGCACGCACCGGAAUGGCUCAUUUUACUUUGGUUAGGAGGAAAACUUAGUUUUGUAGCUAAUAUGAAAUAAAUUGUGUAAUUAUUCGUUUGAAGUAUGAAAUAAUACAAUAUCGUAAAGUGGGGACAGUACACGAUCGCGUGCAUGGGAACAUGGAACAAACGACGAAUCGUACAUGAUAUUGUUUAAGAGGAUUUUAGAUUUAAUUUUGAUUUAAUCGCAUUUUAUCAUCCGGUAUUGUUUGGUAUCGUGCGGAAACAAGGCACUCGAGAACUGGUUUUACAGUGUGCAAGAACUUUUUUUUGUUUAGAUUGCCAUAGAACUGGCGCAGCCCAUUCAUCACCAUCAUCACGAAGCGAACCGAAAGAGAAUUAAGCAAACAUUCCAAAAAUUGUGUACGAAAGGGCCUUUCUCGGGCGUGAAUUAUCGAUGGAAUUAACAAUUUUAUUUUUGGGCGGGAGAAGUAUUUGUUUACGCUUACGUUUUUGAAUUCGUGCGACACUGGAAAUGCGAACGAAAUAUUUAGUAUAGCUAUGCGUGUUCCUCUCGAACGAUCGCCAAGAUGGUUCUCACAUUUUAGCGCUUAAAAGGAUGAAUUAUUAGUAGCCUAAGGAGAGGCGUGGUAGAGCGGAUAGUUUAAUUUUGAAUGAAUUUUUCAUGACCACUAGCAGCACUAAUUCUAGAGGGUGGUUCGUGUAUACUUAAGCCAUGCUACUUCAUAUCUCUCAUUACUUUGCUGUUGUGUAAUGUGCGUGUACUGUAUAUGCUUUGUCUGAUUUUGUUCUUUCAUUCAUACCAUUGAUUUGAACCAGGCGAACAGAUGUUGUAACAUCGCCCAUGCUUUUCUAACGUCGCCCUACAUACACACACACACACACACCCAGGCAACGGUUGUAACUUGUUGCACCGCCUUGCGUUUCUUCAUGUCGAUUGUGGUUUGACGAUGAUUUGCGGUGCAUCAAGUAAGAGUGCGCCCUCCAGUUUGUGAAGGCGUACACUUGCGUACCAUGCAAUCUAACGCGAUGCUGUCAUUACGAGUAUUACUAUUUGGCUAAUUAGUUUGUAAAGAUCCAUUUGUCGUGUAAGUUCUUUUAUUUUUUCUUUUUUGUCUUUUCUACUCAUUUCGUAUCUUGAUAGUUCUCAUUCGCUAUUUAUUAGUAACGGUACUAGUUGUAAUUUUGCUUUAGUGUUUUCGGUGGUAUUUGUGUGCAAACCCGCCGUAUGUUGCUGAUGCGAGCAGCGUUCGCGUAGCGCACUGCACCGCAAAUGCCUGUAACGCUUGGUUGACUCAAGAAGAGGAGGAAGAAGCCCAUCUGUACUUAUAAUUCAUGUAUGUUUUAUUACUAUUAUUAUUAUUAUUAUUAUUAUUAUUAUUAUUAUAAUAAUUAUUAUUAUAAUUAGAAUUAUAAUUAUCAUAUUUGUCCGUUGUAAGCACGCAAAAGGCAACUAAUAAAUAAACCUUCUACAAUCCCUUAACCCCAGCAAUCUCAUCUGCUUUAUUCUGCAUAUUCUACUUGUUGCUGUUGUGUUUUGUUUCAUUCGCGAAUGUUGUUGCGUAUAUUAAGUUCUUCUGUUUAGUUGUGUAUAGUCUACCGAAUUAUUCCAUACGAUCAAUUCUAUCUGUUGGUGCUCAUUCUUUUCUCUUUCUGCUCGUUUCUUUGAUAACAAUGUAUCUACUGUCCUAGAAUGUGCGGUGAUUAUGAUUUUCGUUAGCAGAACAGAGUGAGAGAAAGGGAAGGUUCUCGUCUGUCAUUUAAAGUAAUUUAGUUAAGAAAAUGAAGCUGUUGUUGUUUUCUGAUUCUUUUUUUGCCAAAGAACCAAAGAAGUAUCGUACUGAUUUGUGCUAAAGUAAUGUUUAUCUAUUUGUGAGGUCGGUGAAUUCGAUGCGGUGUGGAAUGUUAUGCAUUUCACACCGUUGCAUAACGGGCUAACCGCGGGAUGAGGCUAUGACUGAUUGACGAAUGGAUGAUCCACAGCCGUUCGAACCGGAUCGUUUGGCAUAGUACACCGUUAACAUCGUCACCUCUUGGGGUCCUCGCAUCACCACGUAGCUACUCUAGUCGAUUCUGUUUUACCGUGUGGUUCGAAGAUGUGGGAAACCGGGGAACCGAAACACUCAUUACUGACAUUUAAACCAUUCAUAAGUGAUUGCGGCCGUCACGGUUGUCGGCAGGGUCUAAGGUACAGCGGAAUUUAUUUUUAGUCCCGACCAUUACCUCCUCCUGUCAAACCCUGCCAGGUCAUUCUGCAUCGCAUCGGACGUCGCACGAGAUCAACAGCGACGGCGAUGGCAAUAGCGAGGUUACCCGUCGAUGGGGACCCCUCGGUCGAUGCGUGUGCAUUUGUGUGACUUCAUAAUUCAUCUAUUUAUUGUAUUUAUAGAUGCUAGCCGAACGAUGAGUCGGUUUUGAGGUCAGACGGAAGGUUUGAUGCGUGCGAUUGGAACGGUGGUCAUCGGACCCAUCCGUCCGUAGUCGUCCUUGCGUGCUGUUCCCACCAUACCUUCCUCGCCGGCGGUCACUCGUGUGCUCGCGACAUGCACGACCUGUGACCAUGCUCGCUCGAAAGGGGAUUUCAUGUGCGUUUUGCAUAAUUUAAACAGUUGAAGGGGUACUACUACUCCUUUCAUUCCAUCAUCGGUUGGUGAUGGAACCAUGGGGUAGUUUGUUUUUAGUACUCGACGGAACGGAAAUUGUCGAGCUAUUUCUGUAUCACCUGUCGCCAUUGUCGCUGCCUCCGCUCUCACUGUGUCUAAAACUGGAACGGAUUGUCUGGGCAAUGGCCCGGGUCGCUUCACCAUUAAAAUCGUACACAUAUCGAUGUACAAAUUGAUCGUUUCCGCUCAUAAAUAGAACGGAACCGCCGGUUUAGCGGUGCUUGAGACUUGCGUGUCGAACAUAUUUGACCGUGAACUCUGUGGCAAAGGUAAUUGUGAACGUAGCUCCACCGUUAUUGAUUAACUCUAUUUGCCGUCUGUUAUUAGAAGAUAUUUUACUGUUGUAACCACCACGAUUUUUCUUCCGCUCUCUGGUGCCUCGGUCCGGGUAGGAAGUUUUGAAACAUUUUCCAAUUCAUUUGAAUUGUUUCAUUAUGCUUUGGAAUUUGCUUUUAUGUUGCGCUUUUCUGUCCCCUUUUUCGAUUGUACCCAGAAACCCACUGUUAAGAUCGACGGCCGAAACUUAAGCAACAGGCAAGCACUUCGAUCGUUAUUGAUCGUCGUGUUGUCGAUAAUCUUGAAGAAAUACGUUUGAUGUGGUGUUAGAUAACGUUUUUCGAUUUUUUUUUCCAUCACUCAUCUGCAUAUGAUAAACACGUUACCUAAAGGAUUCCCGAAGGUCGAACGUCAAUCGCGAUGGAGGAAAGUACAGACCGUAUGACUCACAGCAGAUGCCAUUAGACUGCUUUAGUUAAGCAUACAUUAGUUUCACGGCGGUUAUGCAUAGUUUGAAUGAAUUUUUGAUUCUAAAUAUGCCCUGGAUGGCUCAAAACAGUGUUUGGUCAGUAUUUCGCAACAAAGUAAGUCUGCUGGCGUCAUUUUCCGUGGCAGCAUAUUGCCGUCCACAUUGUAAAUUGUGAUCCUUGUUUUCCGGCCCUCAUCUUCUUCAUCGUCAUCAUCGUAUUCCUCGUCGCUGAUGAUGGUAGCGACGAUCGCCUGUCAAUUAGCGAUGCUCAAAUAGAAACACAGUUCCCGUGACCACAUAAAUACAUCGCAGGCCGCAGCAGUGUCGUUGGCAGUGGUGCGGUUUAAGUGAAUCCUUGGCUUACUGUGAUUUUGGCAAUGGAGUGCGUCUCGCUUCGAGGCAUGCCAUGGUUAGCAUGGAGAUAGUGUGAAGUGAGGAGGACGUUUUACCGCCGAUCCAUCAAUCAAAAAUGAACAGUGUAGGCUGGUCGGUUGUCUGCUGGCUUUCCGCUGACUGGUUUCGGCGUUUGUUCUUUCUUGUGCUAGCUGCUCGCAAGGCAAUAUCAAUAUAUGACGCUAUUUUUAGAUGGGAGCUAAAUAUGUCAGUCAUACGAUAUUUGUUUAGUGGCCGUAUGGUGCAAAGAUUGCUUCUUAUGACCAUAAGCUAGUUAUCAGAGCUGAAGUAGUGCUUCAAAGGGAAACGCUUCGCUUGUUUACUCCAUUGGCAAUUGAAAUGCUUGCAGCAUGCACUAAACUAUACCCACAAACUAAUAUGUUCACCUGUUUAAUGCAUGUCUCACUAUCCUUUUCAUUACACUUCGCUCCAUAUCGUGCAUCUUCAUUGUUUUAAGUAUGAUCGAACCACCAAUGGGGAAUGCAUACAUCCACGAGGGCGAUCAACGAUCUAAAUAAAAAAAAUGUAUCUAACAUCAGCUGCAUUGUAAGCUGCUCUCCUGUUGAAGCACAGCUGAUUGAUUGUUAAAGCGUCUUCUGUCUUUGUGUAAAGAUUAUAUGCACUCUUCCAUUUAGUAAAAAUAUUUCCUACUACUUCUACGUUGCAAAGUCGACAACAAACCAACAGAAUGGUGCCCCGAUGAGUUUGCUUUGUACUCUACGUUAAUGUCUGAUUAAGUGACUUGACUGUCCAUCUGGGUGUGUUCUUUUGGACUCCAUUCUUCUGAGUCGUUCUGCUUGCCAGCUGUUGCAUUGAUCAAAACUCUCAAGACUGGUUCUUAGAGGUAUAAGUUGUUCGUACGAUUAAACGUGUUCCCAACCGAACAGUUACUUGCGUAAUAAAAGAAAUAAAAACCGUAGUCGUAUAUACUUUUUAAGGCAUGUCACUACCACACUUCCACAGUUUCUUGCUAAAUGUUACUACAAGUAUCAAUAGACGUAGCAUAAGCUAAUUCUUACUUGUUUGUUUCCUGAACCAAUCGUGCAGUACGGUAGCAUCUUUCUUCUUUCUCGACUAGUGUAAAUUUCGUUUCUCUUCUCAUUCACAUACACCCAUAAUGUUUCUCAGUGUUCGGCAUCCUAAUGUUGAUGCGUGUCACUAGUGUUGAUAGUUUGACGAUUGCUAUAGUAGCUAGAGCGCGUUCGUGAUUCCGAUUCCCAUUUCCCGUUUUGCCUUAUGUCUUUCGCUUCUCCGUUUCAAUUGUUUGUAGCAAUGAGCGAAAUGGUUUCUCGUAGUCGUGUAUGUCGUCUGUUGUGAAACGCAAAAAGGCAAAGAUAGGUCAAAGAAACAAAAAUCAGUAAUCGAGCUAGAAGAAUGCGCUAGGUGUUGUACUAGUGUUUUGCUUCAUUUUAAAUACUCAAGAUUUCCAAACAUUUGACAAUAUAUCCACCGGUUUGUAAGAUUCAAUUUGUAAAGGCAAACAUCCGUGAACUUGUAACAAGUAUAAAUAGUGUAUUAUUAUUGUAAAUUAUAGAUCCCGUGAUCAGAGCAGAAUUGCAAGUUGAAUAAUAAAUACUCAUAGCAAUUCGAAAAGGUGUAGGAGAUGUAGCAAGCAAAAAAAAAUACAAACAUAUCGAUUCUUUGGGAAGAUGAGACAAAAGGAAUAGAAGUAAUGCGUGAGUUAGGAAGAGCAGUAGAGUGAUUUCGGCAGUUUAAAAAAAUCAUUUCUGCCAGUCGUUGGAACGAACGUGAAGAGCCAUAAUACCAAAUUAGAGUCAUGCAUAUUCUAAGCUAAAAUAAGAGAAACCAACCAGUUCUUCCAUAUACAUAUAUUUAUAUUAGUGAGAGAUGCUGUUCUGCAGCAUAUGCUGAAACCUUAUUAAAAAGCAGACGAUUCACGACGGCUACAUCAAUAAUAACACAACACGAGACAAAGCGAAGAGAGUGUAAACUGACAUAGCGGUACAAUUGCGGAUGCUACUGGCGGUUCGAGUGUUGAUGUUGCCGCUACUGCACGAUGGCCAAGGAGAAUGAGAGAGAAUACGAGCUGCUAAACUUAUAUCUCUAAGUGUAAAACAAUCUUGAGAGUGAGAUGAAUCGAGCUACUAAUAGCAGGCCAGAUGGCCACCGGGAACCUGCUACACUAAGUGCUGUGAAGUACAGAUCGAGAUACAUCCUGCGCGUCACAUCUCGAUCUUCUGUUAUUUGGCUUGCUCUGCUCACCAUAUGACCGGCUCAGAGCAACGGCUAGAUGGUAUGGUGAAGCAGCAGCUAACUACGAAAUGGCCUCCUACCUCAACCGUUUCGUUAUGGUGAUCAACUGGUCAGUUGGUCGUCCCAUUGUUAUCUCCAGUUCUCUCUCAGGCUAGAAGAUGGCAAUGGCUAAUUUCCGUAGAAUGUUUGCUCUGAUUAGCUACGGAGUAUUUAUUGCUGUUUUCACCCAAAUCCGCGACCUGAACUUCUUUGAAGUCCACCCAUUCACUAGCAACUAACGUUUUGGGGUUUCACAUGCAAACUGCGAAACACUAAACCUUGUGGACCAAGCAAAAUACGAGCGCAUAAAACACAAAGACAGAAGGCUUCUAUAAUCGUAGCUGGCGCUGAGCAGCAGAGAUGCGAGUUCUAGAGCGCGAAUGUGGUCUUGGGCAUCGGUAUACUAAAGAGGAGAGAAGAUCAAUCGAAGGGUAGCUUAUCUAUUGCAGAUGAAUAAAAGACAAACUCACGAAAAUACACACUAACAAAUAAACCAACACACACCUAACCACACAAACACACACACAAAUACAAAACACAUUGAAUAAUCCCAUCGACUAUUGACUCUUAGGGUUGGAUCAAUUUUAACGAUUAAACAAUGUCAGAGGUGUAGAUAAUAAGCAAUUGACGAGGCAAAUGACGCUUCGAAUGGCGGGUGUACAAGUUUGAAAUUGUAGAGUCAUUAGCUGGCACUAGCCAGUUCAAGACGGUACGGUCUUUGUAAAUGUUACUGUGGUGGGUUAGACUUGUAACUAGAUGUAAGGAGCGUGCUCGUGUUGGUUGGUUUUUUCUUCCCAGUGAUUACCAUUUAGCGGAUCGCGUGGUUGUCCUGUGAUUGUACCCUGAGCAACGGAGGUAUACUGGUUAUUCAAUCCUACACACAGGCCAGAGGCAAUUUCCUCCGCUGAACACCAAACCAAAGUAGGAGCGAAACGAGCCAUGGUAUUGCAAUCCUGGCAAAACAUACCGUUGUGUGCUAAGCUUUGGACGGCAAAAAAAACAGAACAGACUAGGCAAAUUGCUACUGCAAAGACCAAUGAGCUGUUGGCCUUUUUUAUAUUCACUUCGCUUUGAACAUCCCCCUAUCAGUGCUGUAUUCCAUGAGGCGUAAGGAUAAAGGAGACGGGAAACGGGUGAACAAAAGAACACGGGAUUUCUCCCAAUUAUCUGGCAGCAAUAUGGCCGUUUUAAGCUGAACACAGAGCAAAUUGAUAGCGGUAGGCUUAAUAUGUCGCCUAUCGUGGCUCAAAAUCGCAUUUCCCCUUUCCUCGGUGUUAGUACGUCUUAUGGUGAACGGAAUGUGGAUAUAAGGAUAAUGAAAAAAGACAUCAUGACGCUUUCAUAUAUAAGUAUAUAUGACCAUAUAUAUAUAAAUAUAUAUAGAUAUAUAUACACACACAUACGCAGCUAAUAUUUAUAUUUUUAGGAUUUAUACCUAAAACUAUCGACCGUUUUAUGCAGCUAUUCAAAGUUGAUGUAAACGUUAUUUCCCUCGCCCUACCUUCCCGGUGUUCUGAUGAGAUCAUCUUCCGUGUCUGUGAAAGACCUUUUGGCUCAGUUCGGGAGGAAAGAAACCGAAAGGACUACCGGGUAUAAUGGAUGUAAAAAAACUCAAAAAGCAAUCAACUGUCUAACGCAAAAUACAGAUUUGAAUCUCAACUGUACAUUGGUCUCCAUCGUCGCAGACAAAAAAAAAAAACGAUCGGCACGACUAAGGCCAAUCGAGGGAGCUCGCAGUAGCGUUGCAUCAAUGCAGCCAUGCACAGAGAAAACGCUUGGGUGCUCGUUUGAAACUACCAAAAGCAAUAUCAUAAAUGCAUAUUUUGCACUGCGAAGCGAUAAACAGGUAAUGUCGUAUCGCAAACUAUUGUUAGGAAUGAGAGGCGAACGGUUAGGUUGAUCAACGGGACGAAGAUAAUGUUGGAGAUGGUAAAUAUAAAGAAAGCAAAAACUACUACUAAACCAGACAAUACUAUUUUUUAUUUAUGGCUUUUGGAAAUGGCACGAAUCGAACAAAUUGAAAAAAAGGAAUGCAAACUAAUUGAAAACUUGUGAAAUGUAAAAAGAAACAGUAAUAAAUAAAAUGACAGAUUUCACACAUCGUGAAUGACAAAGAAGCAGCAUCAGCACGUGAACGAUGCUAUGAAAGAGAUAUUUGAAAACCAAAGUUAUAAUGGAAAACAUAAUAAUCUGUGAAGAAACGACACUAGAAAAUGCGGUUCUGACGCUCCUGAUGUUUCGGAUCAUGGCACGGGAUUUCAAGAAAAUCAGGAUGCAGAACAAAGCGCUCAUAAAAGAUGUAAAGUUCUUUCAGAAACAUUAAAAAACAAAAGGAUAAAAAGAAACCAAAAAUUAAAGAAGGAAAUACAAAUUGAAAGUGAGUGAAUGUGAAGGCAAAACAUGAAAAAAACCAAGGUAAAACGGAAAAGCAAUAACGUUAGUUAUGAUUACGAUAUGAUAAUUAUUAUUAUAAUUACAAUUGUGACCAUUACCAUUAUUAAGCUAUAAACAUUAGUGUCGAUCAUGUGAUUAUUAUUCCAAGCGCCGCUAGUUAAGUCUCAUUCUUUCCUCACAUCCGCACUCGCAAACCCGCUACCGUAUUAUGCCCGGGAACGGUGCAGCCGGGUCAUAUGUGUAACGGUGCUAGGCUAGAAUGCAAUCGAUACGAGGAAUAGGGAGCAAAGUAAAAAAGGCAAAGCGUUUGCUUAAUAUCAUGAAAACACCUGAACAAACCCAAGAGGAGGGCAUCGGAAGAAGAACAGCUAGGAGAGAUGAUAAAUAAAUUGAAAUAAAUAUAAAAAAAAACAAAAAAAAAACCAAA